AACAAGCACAGGGGUGGGAAAGCUGCGGAGGUGGAGCUGGGCGUGGUGAAGAAGAGAAUGCAAAGAAACAAAUGUGUAUCGACUGUGGGAGAAACACGCUGAUACACAUCAGCAAGAAGCCGGGGGAAGAAGCCUUUCUACAAAAUUAUUUUUUUCUGACCUUGAUUUAAGUACAAGAACACUGAAUUUUAAUAGCUGUUUUUUUUUCUCUCUCUCUUAGAACAGCAUACGGUUUAGUAUACGGUUUUUAGUGGAUAAUUGCAGCUGUUUUUCGUCAAUAGUUAAUUGGAUUAAUAUUGACUGAGGGUGAGGCACAGGAUUGGACAGUACAGUACAGUGCUGAAUGAUAUGUGCACGGUUACACAAUACUUUAUAUAUAUUUCUUCACAUGUUUUAGUUACAGCUAUGCCUGGUGUCACAUUUUAGGAUUCAUGGCUAGCUUUCUGUACUGGGUCCUCCCCACACUGGGGGGUUAUGCUCUUACAUCCGUCUACCUGCUGAGGAACCCACACAUCCUGCACAAGAAGAAACGCUCAGCCUUCUACUGCAGGCACAUCUCCCAUCGGGGCGGAUCUGGAGAGAAGAUCGAAAGCACCAUGGAAGCGUUCACACAUUCCAUAGAGGAAGGCACAGAUAUGCUGGAGCUGGACUGUCAUCUGACCCAAGACGGUCAUGUGAUCGUGUCCCAUGAUGAGAACCUCUUGCGACAGACAGGACAUGACAUCGAUAUCUCAUCAGUGAAGCUAGAGAAAUUACCUCUCUAUAAAGAAAGACUGGAGGUCACCUUCUAUGCAGGCCACUUCAGCACAGGCCUGGACCGGAAGUUUGCUCUGCUGGAGGACGUGUUCCGGAAGUUUCCCCGAGUGCCAAUCAACAUCGAGAUCAAAGAGGAUAACUACACGCUGAUCAAGAAGGUGUCAGCUCUAGUGAAACAGUACAGCAGAGAGGACAUCACCGUCUGGGCCAGCGUCAAGUCUGACAUCAUGAGGAAAUGCCGUCAGGAGAACCCAUCCAUGCCCUACAUGUUCUCCAUGGCCAGGGGUGUGCAGCUGCUCCUCCUCUACUAUACUGGCCUGUUGCCUUUCGUGCCCAUCGGAGAGAGCUUUCUCCAGUUCUACCUCAUUCCGAUCAUCAACCGAACAUAUAUUCCCUCAUCUACUAUAAUGAGGAACAGGAUCAUUACCUUUGCCAUUGGAAAACUAACUAUGAGGAAAUGCUUGUUUAAACACUUGGCUGACCGAGGUAUUCAGGUGCACCUCUUUGUUUGCAACGAGGAGCGAGACAUAGAGGCGGCAUUCGCUCUGGGGGCCACAGGAGUCAUGACCGAUUACCCCGCCCUCCUCUCAAACUACCUGCACGCACACCCUCCCACUGCCUCCCCCUGCAGCCAAUAAGUGCUGCUUAUGUUCUGUCUCUGAGCCAGGCGGAGCCGGGAACUGUCCCUUUGCCUGGCUUUGUUGUUGUUCAUUGUAACAGCUUGGGCAGCCAUGUUGGAAGGCUCUGAAGGCUUGGGCAGCCAUGUUGGAAGGCUCUGAAGGCUUGGGCGUGUACCGCAUAUCUUUCUGGCUCACUUUGUUAUAAAAUCAUAUCCCUGAUGGCCAUACAGAUAAUGAUGAGCCUGAGACUGUGUGUAUAUAGUGUGUGUGUUCUACACCAUCCACAAUGCUUCAUGUUUAAUAAACUGAAAGAUAAAUAUCAGCUUGAA